AUGGACGAAGAGGAAAUGCCUGAAGCCAGUACCCCGGCAACAGCUGCUACCCCAGGGGGAGGACAGCGACAGCUGGCUCGCCGGUGCAGAAGGAGCUUUUUCAAGCCUCCCAGCUGGGGAGAGCUACCAGGUCGUCUGCCACUGAGGACUCAGAUACAGGACUUUUGCUUAUUUGGAGUGAACAAAAAGGGCCAGUCCAGCGAUAUAUACUUCACUUUCCAUCAUGGGGUAGUAAAUGAUAGAGGAGCACCAGCUUGGGGAGUGAUUAGCUACAUAAGGACAUCUCAUGGUGUCAAAAGGAUUUCUGGUAAACGGUCAAAUGCUUUAGGACAGCGAUAUACACUCGUCAGGGGACACGAUGGCUCAGCAGAUAAAGACGCUGCAUUUGUUAGCAGGAACGUUGACAGCUGGGAUUUGAGACCCGAGCGCUGCACGAUGAACUAUUGUUAUAUAUUAUUUUUAUUAGCAAACCAUCCCAUGACAAUGGAUCGUGUAGAGAAGAACGUUAAGAAAAGAAAAUAUAGUGAGGAUUUUUUACAGUAUGGUUUUACCUCAAUAAUUACAGCAGGAAUUGAGAAACCGCAAUGUGUUAUUUGUUGUGAAGUUCUAUCAGCUGAAUCUAUGAAGCCGAACAAACUAAAACGCCAUUUUGAUAGCAAGCAUCCGAGCUUUGCCGGCAAGGAUACCAACUAUUUUAGAAGCAAAGCUGAUGGACUCAAGAAAGCCAGACUUGACACUGAUAGCAAGUACCACAAACAAAACGUAGUAGCCGUUGAAGCUUCAUAUUUGGUGGCAUUCAGAAUCGCCAGAGCUAUGAAACCUCACACCAUUGCUGAGGAUUUACUGUUGCCAGUGGCCAAAGACAUUGUUCGAGUUAUGAUCGGAGACGAAUUUGUUACAAAAUUUGACACAGUUGGUUCAUUUCUGAAAGAGCAUAAGAUCUCUUGGGAAAAGGUUUGUGGUGUUUGCACAGAUGGUGCUCCAGCUAUGCUAGGAUGUCGAUCUGGAUUUCAACGUUUGGUACUGAAUGAGUCACCAAAAGUCAUCGGAACUCACUGUAUGAUUCAUUGGCAAAUAUUAGCAACAAAGACGCUGCCACAAGAGUUACAAGAAGUAAUGAAAAGCGUCAUACGUUCUGUCAAUUUUGUAAAGGCAAGCAGUUUAAACAGUCGACUGUUUUCGCAACUGUGCAACGAGUUGGAUGUGCCGAACAAUGCUGUGCUAUUUCACACUGAAAUGAGAUGGUUGUCGAGAGGAAACAUUUUAAAACGUGUUUUUGAGCUUCGUGAUGAACUCAAAACAUUUUUUAAUCAGAAAGUAAGACCGCAGUUCGAAGCACUUUUCAGCGAUAAAAGUGAACUGCAGAAAAUAGCUUACUUGGUUGACAUCUUUGCCAUCUUGAAUGAGUUAAAUUUAUCACUGCAAGGACCAAAUGCAACGUGCCUCGAUUUGUCUGAAAAGAUCCGAUCAUUCCAAAUGAAACUUCAGCUUUGGCAAAAAAAAUUGGAUGAAAAUAAAAUGUACAUGUUGCCUACCUUAUCUGCUUUCUUUGAGGAACAUGACAUUGAACCAGACAAAAGGAUUAUGAUGAUAAUUUAUGUGAAAGAACACUUGCACAUGCUUGCAGACGAAAUUUCAUCGUACUUUCCAAAUCUACCUGACACCCCAUUUGCACUUGCCAGAAGCCCAUUCACAGUCAAAGUUGAAAAUGUUCCUGAGACAGCACAAAAGGAGUUCAUUGAACUUGUUAACAGCGAUGCAGCGAGAACUGAUUUCUCUACAAUGCCAGUUACAAAAUUCUGGAUCAAGUGUUUGCAGUCAUAUCCUGUUCUGUCUGAGACUGUGUUGCGCCUUCUUCUUCCAUUUCCAACAACAUAUCUUUGUGAAACAGGGUUUUCCAGCUUGUUGGUUAUCAAGUCUAAAUACAGAAGUAGACUUGUUGUGGAAGAUGAUUUUCGUUGUGCUCUUGCAAAGACUGCCCCGAGAAUUUCUGAUCUGGUGAGAAAGAAGCAAUCUCAACCUUCGCACUGAUGUUGGCUUUUUACGCAUACUGUCGCAAAAUGUAGCAAUG